AUGCCUGGCACAGCCCUCCACUGGGCUGUACAGAUGAACAAUCUCGUUGCUGUGAAAGCCUUGGUAGAAGCCAGUGCUACGCCGUAUACCUUUACAGAGCGCCAUCGAAAUGCAUGGGCUGUGGCUGUUGGUGCUAGGCUUCUGCCCAUCAUCAUUUACUUCGUCGAGUCCUGCGCGUGCACCGAUGUUGCAGCAAGAAGCCACUGGACGGUCGAAGCGUUAUUCUACGGACUACCGGAGGCCUAUCUCGCAUGCGGAGAAAGAUAUGUUGAAGCGUCUUGCGGCACCUUUCGAUAUCUGUUUGGUAAGGGUAUCCUUCCUCGUCGAGAAGCAUAUGCUUCAACCGUAUCUCUUGGCUCUGGCGAUACCCGUCUAAUAAAGAAAUUGUUGGACGAUGACUACGACGAGGAGCGGGAUCUUGCUAUGGUAAAGAGACUUCUUAUUGAUGCUGUCAUCAACGGUGAGAUCGCAGCCGUGCAAAUUCUAUUGGGUUAUUUGCCUCAGUUUGAAACGAGCGAUUAUGCGAUACACGCACUGACGUCAACCAUAACAUCACGAGCAGCUGAAGAAGAUGCUGUCUUUAAACUCCUUCUCCAGCACGUCUCCAAAAGCUUCGACAUCAAUGUCCAAUUUACACACCUCCAUGUCAAAACUCACCAGUCGCCUGUCAUCAGUGAUAUAGGAGGACAUAUAUUGCUGCACUCCGCCUUCGAUCAUGGGAAGGUCAAUAUGGCAAUCAAACUUCUCGACAAGGGAGCUGACCCAACAAUCCUUGGCGUUGAUAAGAAGGCACCGGAAGAUGGAAUGAAUGCAUUUGGCCGCCUAUUUUUCGCAAACACGCAUCACAACCAUCUAGCGCUGAAAAUAUUUCUACAGUCUGAGUACAUCCGAGAGCAUCCAGAUUUUCUGUUCGAAAAUGCCAUCAUUUUGCCGGUUCCAAAUUGCAAUAUCUUCCAUUUCUUGACCAGCGACGAGUCUUCUCGCGUUGAUGAUAGUUUUAUUCACCAAAUAACAGCUCUGAACGAGCUACUGGCUCAAAUGUGGAAAACUCCAUCUUCGAAGACUAGAGUCAAGGAUCUGCUAAACGCCCAAAAAGUAGGAGCGGGUGGGGAGUUAAGCCUUACGCCGCUUCACAGUGCAGCAGUUAGUGGCUUCGCUGAUGCUGUUCGUCUUCUUGUCGCUAAGGGAGCUGUUCCGCUUUUCCGUAUAAUGGCAGAUCCAGAUAACGGCAUUCCCAGUCUUAGCCCGCUGGAUUUAGUAGACACGCGCAGCCUAGAGGCGUGGAAGGAAGACUGGUUAGUGCACGAAAGCACACUUCUGAGCUAUGGAGUUUCAUGGUUCGAGAUGGGAGCGCCGGUGGCUCAGAAGUGGGCGACGAAUUAUGAGGAGCGAACUUGGAAGACGAUUCGUGCUUCGAAACAGGUCUUAAUUGAAACGCAAGUAGGAGCAGAGCUGUGGACAAAACGAGUGGAAUUUCGAUCUCGAAAUGGACUCAGGAUUGAGAAACACAUUAUGUGA